AUGGCUUCUUUGUUAUCCAUAAAACCGACGAGUCUUAUCCUCUCCUCAUCUUUCUCCACAGGCAGAGUCCUCCAUUUCCACCGCUCCCGUUUCAGCAACAGACCUUCGUCUUCUUCUCGCCGGACUCUUGUUGCUCAAUUCGGGUUUCACGACCCAGGCUUCUCACUCGAUUUGAUCAAGGACCAUGCCGAGAGUCUACUCUACACUCUCGCUGAUGCUGCCGUUUCCUCCUCCGAAACUUUUGAAUCUGUUUCCGGCACUAACACAAAGCAGAACAGUGAUUGGUUCUCUGGUAUCGCCAAUUACAUGGAAACUAUUCUCAAGGUUUUGAAAGAUGGGUUAUCAACUGUUCAUGUACCUUAUUCUUAUGGUUUUGCGAUUAUUCUACUGACUGUGCUUGUUAAGGCUGCUACGUUCCCAUUGACGAAAAAGCAGGUCGAGUCUGCUAUGGCUAUGAAGUCUUUGCAGCCUCAAAUUAAGGCCAUUCAGGAACGCUAUGCUGGUGAUCAGGAGAGAAUUCAGCUUGAAACUGCCAGAUUGUAUAAACUCGCUGGAAUAAACCCCCUUGCAGGGUGCCUCCCCACACUUGCCACCAUACCAGUAUGGAUUGGGCUAUAUAGAGCCCUCUCUAAUGUUGCCGAUGAGGGACUCUUAACAGAAGGAUUUUUCUGGAUUCCUUCUCUUGCCGGUCCAACAACUGUUGCUGCAAGACAGAGCGGCAGUGGAAUCUCAUGGUUGUUCCCUUUUAUUGAGGGACACCCACCUCUCGGAUGGUCGGACACAUUAGCAUAUCUUGUCUUACCUCUAUUGCUCAUCUUCUCUCAGUAUCUCUCCAUCCAGAUUAUGCAGUCCUCGCAGGCGCAGAGUAAUGAUCCAGCCAUGAAGAGCUCACAAGCGGUGACGAAGCUUCUACCGCUGAUGAUUGGCUAUUUUGCACUAUCAGUUCCUUCGGGUUUAAGUCUCUAUUGGUUGACCAAUAACAUUUUGAGCACAGCGCAGCAAGUAUGGCUUCAAAAAUAUGGUGGAGCCAAAAACCCGAUGGAGAAGCUCAGUAAUUUGGUCAUGAAGGAAGAUAAAACUCAAAAGGUUGAGAAGCCUAUUUCAGAACCGCUAGUUCAGAAGUCAGUUUCAGAACUGAAAACACCAAGAGAGAAGAUUGGUGAAAAAGUGAACUCAGAAGGGCCCAAACCUGGUGAAAGGUUUAGGCUGCUCAAAGAGCAAGAAGCAAAGAGACGUCGAGAAAAAGAAGAGGCUAGGCAGAAAGCUGAAGCAGCUAUGUCAAAUCAAAAUACAGACAGCGCACAGGAACAGGAGGGAAAAUCUGAUACAGCUGAUGUCGCUCAAGGUAAUGGGAAAAUUGAACUUUCAGAAGUAGAAGAAAGAACUGAUGGCUCUGUUGCUGUGAAUGGAAAGCCAUCCGUUCAUAGCGUUGGCCAUGAUAAAGAUCAACACCAUUCUCAUGAAACAUAG